AUGUUUCACAUCAUUAUGGCCAUUCUUUACUCAGGCAUGGCAGCCCUUACCUACCUGAGCACAUGGGGUCCACCUUCUAACUACCCACGCGUCCCGUUGACAACCGGUCGAAAAAUCGGAAACAUGGUCCUCGGAUUUUUUUAUCUUCUGACAACAUUGGCUACCGUCCAAUCAACCGGUGUCUUUAUUGUCUUGGAGCCAGUUGUCUGUGUUCUUAUCUUAUUUGUUUCCAUCGCUUUCUGUGGUCAUGUGGCUUGGAGAGGUGCUCAAGACAGUACACAAGUUGUGUACAACAUAGUCGAGCAAACCGUUACAGUUGUCUAG